UAUGAAAAAGUGAGAUGUUCAGAUUAACCAUACUAUACCCACUAUACCUGAUUAUAAAUGACACUUUGAUUUGACAUAUUCGAAGAAGUGAAUCUAAACAGAGUUUUUGGGUGCAUUUUUGUGAUAUUUUUUGUGUUUUUAGUGUUAAUUUUUAUUUGUUACCGAUUUAAUUUAAACAUAGAACAGUGAAUAUUGUAGUGCUUCUUAAAAUUUAGCCAACAAUUGCUUGAAUUCAAAUGAACCAAAGUGAUUUGAUGACAGUAUUGAAUAUAGGCAGAGAAGGCUUUUUGUGUAUGGGAAUUGCAUUUAUUUUUCAAGUACAUAAUGGUUCUGGUUCUAAAUGGAGUACUUCAAGAUGAGUGUCCAAUGGACACAUCAGCUUUAUUUAUGCUACAUCCGGUUUACAGAGAUUACGCUAAUCAACUCUUAGAAAUACCAACGAAAACGGUUGGUCCAGUAGGUCUUCUUUAUGUCGGUCAACGUGAACUAGCUGCAGUUGCAACACAUGACAAAAAUGUAAAUAUAAUUGGGUCUGAUGACGCCACAACCUGUAUUAUAGUUGUAGUUAGGCAUUCAGGAUCGGGAGCAGUAGCGUUAGCACAUUUAGACGGUAAUGGCAUCGACGAGGCUGUUUCCACAAUGGUUGAUAGGGUUCAAAAUUUAGCACUCGGAUAUCCAGAAGGACGAAUAGAAGUGCAAUUAAUUGGAGGAUAUAAAGAUCAACAGAGCUAUGCGGAGGACUUAUUCUUUAACAUAAUGCAAUCGUUUCAUAAACAUCCACUGGAAAUCGAUUUAACUCAAGCGUGCGUUGGCGAAUUGAAUACAAUUGUUAGAGGUGACUUGAAUUGGCCAAUCAUUUACGGCAUCGGUGUAAAUAUCAAAACCGGUGAAAUAUUUCCGGCUGCGUUCACGGACAAAGGACCAGAUUUGCAGUUACGUAUGGCUCGAAAUUUUACCGGUGGACAAACAGUGCUGGAUAUUUAUGAUUCGCAAUUGGGUAUGCUAAGAAUUGGGCCGUUUAAUUACGAUCCGUUGAGAGGUGUUGAUCUAUGGCUAGCUCAAACUGAUGAGUUUCUCCUACGCCACUUAUCAACCAGUCCUGAGGUCGAGCCUCCACAUUUCGCCAUGCAGGUCCGAUCAACCUUAAAAUACAUCCAAGAUAACCAGUUUCCAGCUGUAACCGUAUUUCGAGAUAAUCGACCGCAUUACUAUCAUCGUGAUGAGACGACAGGAUGUUGGCAAGAGGCUAGAUAUACUUAAUUUUUUCAUUUUAAAUUUACCCAUUGUUCAGUAACUUCAAUCAGGCAUUGUAUCUUCUUUGAACUUUGUUUAAUCCUCUCAUCUCAAGAAAUCAGUUCAAUCUCAUUCAUUGAAUUUUAUUACAACCGCUAACAAAAGCUUGACGUUACACACUUAAUGUGGCACAAUUAGAACAGUCAUGAGGGAGUACACUUAAUAAUGGCUGAAUUAAAACUU